AUGUGCCCACCCGGCACGAUACGGCGGCGGGCCGUGACCGCUACUGUGGUGCCUGGCAAUUCUGAUAGAGAGACAUUCAUUAAGAUGGCAAAUUCCACGGGACCUGUCAGGGCGGACGCGGAUCGAGUCUGCACAAGCCUUCUGGACGCCGUGGCGGUGGUCGACGAGUCAGGCUCUAUUGGUACCGUGAACUACAAGAAAGUGCGUCUCUUUCUCCAAGACCUUGCAAGUACCAUGCCUAUCUCCCCUGAGGAUGUCCGCGUGGGUUUGAUUACUUUCGGCACCAGAGCUGUGACUCACUGGGACCUCAGCGAUUCUAGAGCCCAAGACCCGGGAUUGUUCGCCAGCGGAGCAGCCAGUCUGCCGUAUGCAGCAGGUUCCACUUACACUCACCUUGGAAUCAAUGCAGCAGCGGACAUGCUCUUCAGUGCUCAGAAGGGAGGCCGGGAAGGUGUGCCGAAGAUGGUGUUGGUGAUGACGGACGGUGCCAGCAGUAAACGCGCGCAAACUUUAUCCGCUGCCAAAAGCCUGCGCGAACGUGGAGUGGUCGUUGUUGUCUUAGGAGUUGGCACGGGAGUUAACUCGUCAGAAUGUCGAAGUAUUGCAGGCUGCGAUACUACGGAAUGCCCCAGAUACUUGCAGACGAAUUGGGUAGAUGUCGGCAAACAAGUCAGCAGCAUCAUCCAGGCUGCAUGCAGAGACCUUGCGAAGGAUGCAGUAUGUAGUGACUGGAGCGACUUCGGGCCUUGCGAGGGGGAGUGCGGCACAGAGGGAAAGCGGACGAGCACCCGUGUCGAGAUUUCCCCACAGCAGCCGGGAACACCACCGUGCCCUACGUGUGAAGCUCCUCAGGGUCGGUCCUGUGCUGAACAGUCUCCUGGUCUAAUACGCACGGAACCGUGUAGCAUGCCGGCCUGCAGGGUUGACGCGCAUUGUGGGGAAUUCGGCCCCUGGUCCGAAUGGAGCACCACUUGUGGAUCGGCAACGCGACAGAGAGAGAGGCAAGAUUACGAAAAUCCGCCAGCCAGCGGAGGUGGUCUUUCAUGUGCGGAGCAGAACCCUCCUAAAUAUAAAAUUGAGGUGGAGUCUGUCCAGAAGUCCCCUUGCCCAGUUCAGCAACAACCGGGACCGUGGGGUGACUGGUCCGAAUGCUCCGCUACAUGUGGAGGCGGUACAAGGCACCGCGACCGGGAGGGGUAUCCUCAGAUAGGCGAACUAAAUGGGGGGGAGACGCUUGAACAACAGGGUAUAGCUGUGCGAGAGACCGAGAAGUGCAAUGAUAUACCUUGCCCUGUCGAUGCAACAUGUGGGGAGUGGUCUGGCUUUACCGAGUGCUCGAAGACUUGUGGCGGCGGCACGCAAGAGCGUAGAAGGGAACCUUGGCUUGACGAUGCCAAGCAUGGCGGUCGAUCGUGCAUAGAGUUGCACCCGGAAGGGCCCACAGAAAUUACUGAAUGCAACAAGCAACCCUGCCCUGUCGAUGAAGUCGUCGGCGAAUGGGAAGGAUGGGGACCUUGCAGCGAACAAUGUGGCGGCGGUACGCAGGUCCGCCACCGUUCCCGUAGCAUGGUGGAAGCUACGUUUGGAGGAAAGACAGUUGAGGAACAGAACAAAGGACUCCCUGAAGGCCAAAAGAUUUUGAGAUCCGAGGAGCGAGCGUGCAAUAACGUGCCUUGCGGCCCUUGCACACUUCCUUUCACCGAAUGGACGGGUUGUGAGUCUUGCUCCGGGACCCGGACGCGGGAAACUAUGGUGGCUUUUGACUAUGACGACCGAAAAUGUUCGAGCCCGACACAUGAGGAACAGAGCUGCGAAGCGAAGUGUGCAGAGUCUUCCACUGGCGGGGGAGGUGCCGGAGGGGGCGCUGGUGGAGGCGGUGGAAGUGGAGCUGGAGGGGCAGAAGGGGAAGAGAGCUCCGGGGAGAGUUCGGAGGAAGAGGCUAAAGAAGAAGGUGGCGGUUUCCCGACAGCGGCAGUAGCAGGUGGUGUAGCUGGAGGGAUCCUCGCAAUCGCAGCAGGAGCUGGCGCUUUCUACGGCUUGAGCGGUGGAGCUGCGAGUGCCGCUGGUGGAGCUGCUGCAGAGGUCAUGGCAGACGCUGGCGCAACUAACCCUCCUGAAGUUGAAAGAGAGUCCCUUAUUAGUGCAGGCGAGCAGACAGAGAUGUGGGCUUCGUAA